AGAGGCACACGCUGCAACAGAGACGGUGAUACAUUGUAGCAGUAGAUUGCAGCGCAUACAGUUAUUUUGAAACAACAAAUGUGGCGACAUUGUAGCAGCAUAGGUUUCAUAUUGAUAUCCAAAAGCUCAUAUUCAACACCUUGGUUUUAGACGAUUUGACGAAACAUUUGUCCCACUGUAAACUCUACAGUCAACAACCUCGCUCUCUUCCUGGUACUGUGUUCUUUAGAGCUCCAAAAGAGCAUGCGCGACUUGGUUAGUUCUGCUGCAGAAUGACGUCAGCAAUUCAAAACACAGGCAAGUCCAGACACACUACCGUCUGAUCGGUCAUACGAUGUACGCUUUAAUUUAUUCUAGCCAACUGACCGAGGAUCUUUCUAUCAGCGUUACAUGCGAAUGAAGCCUGAAAGAGGUAACGUCAACGACUGUUUUGGUUUAUUUCAAAGGAAUAUAAUUUUGCGCGAGAUGUCCGGAUAUUGACAUUGUGAAGCUACCUGUCAAAGGAAUCUGAAGUGCUGGACUGUUAUUGACACGAGCCGAGCGGUGUUAUCUCUGCUCAUGACGAUGCCUCUCGAGGAUGAUCUAGCUUCAGCAGCGGCGACUGGCAACACCGACCGUGUUAAAAUUCUAUUAGGAAGAGGAGUGGACGUCAACGGCGUAAACUGCUUUGGACGGACACCUCUGCAGGUGAUGAUGAUGGGCAGUUCACCAGUGGCGCAGUUGUUACUAAUGCAAGGAGCGGAUCCCAAUAUCGCAGACCGACACACUGGGACAACGCCGUUACACGAUGCCGCCAGGAUGGGCUUUUUGGACACGGUAGAGAUCCUUGUCCAAUUCCUCGCCGAUCCGAAUAGCCGGGACAAUAGGAACUGCCGGCCAAUCGAUUUGGCAAUAGAAAGUGGACAUCGUAAUGUCGUUGCGUUUCUGCAGGCUUUGUGAAAUCAAAGAUACGUUGUAUUUAUUUGUGUGACG